CGGUAUUCCGUUGGUUUUCCAAUACUUUCCCACACCUUCCCUUUUCGUAGAACCGCCAAAGCUUCCCGAUGGGCCUAAACACAGUGAGGGGUAUCGAGGUAGUUGCUACGUUUUACCUUACGACUGGCACUUAACUUAUUCUCAUCCCGACAGGCGGUAGAAGAGUGGGCUGGCCAUACCGCCGUCCCGGAAACGAUUCCGCUUUCUGUACCAAUCUGCACCAAUCUGCAUCAAGACAUCAGCGUGUAAACGUCCCGAACAUGGCUAAACUGCCUCCUGAGCACAUCGCCAUCACAGGCACCGCCUGUCGCUUUCCAGGAGGGGCAACCUCACCGUCAAAGCUCUGGCAGCUGUUGACCAAUCCACGGAAUGUUCGGACUCGGAUACCCACCACCCGGUUUGAUCCCGAUGGCUUUUAUAAUGAGGAUGGACGUCGGCAUGGGUGCACAAACGCCGAUAAAGCAUAUUUGCUGGAAGAGGAUAUCCGUCUCUUUGACAAUGCUUUCUUCGGAGUCCGGGCGGCUGAAGCCGAAUCCAUGGAUCCCCAGCAGCGUCUUCUACUUGAGGUCGUGUUUGAAGGACUCGAAUCCGCAGGCUACUCCAUUCAGCAGCUUCGCGGCUCGUCAACGGCCGUCUACGUUGGCCAACUGAACGGGGACUAUUACGAUGUGCUGCUGCGAGAUGUCGAGAGCGCACCCCCGUACACGGCCACGGGCACGUCUCGAAGCAUCAUGUCCAAUCGUGUCUCUUACUUUUUUGACUGGAAAGGGCCAUCCAUGACUCUUGACACGGCCUGCUCUUCCAGUUUGGUUGCCGUGCACCUUGCCGUCCAGUCACUUGGGAGGAGUGAGUCCACAGUGGCAAUUGCCGCCGGUGUGAACCUCCUGCUCGGUCCUGAGCAGUUCAUAUUUGAGUCAAACCUCGGUAUGUUGUCGCCACAAGGUCGAUGCGCCAUGUGGGAUGCCAGCGCCGAUGGUUACGCAAGAGGAGAAGGCAUCGCUGUCGUAGUGCUCAAGCCACUUUCACAAGCUUUGAGAGAUGGCGACUUUAUCCACUGCAUCAUCCGGGAGACAGGCGUGAAUCAGGAUGGCCGCAGCACUGGUAUCACCAUGCCCAGCGCCACUGCACAAGCUGACCUGAUUCGAUCGACCUACCUCCGGUGCGGCCUUGACCCGCUCUCCCCGGAAGGUCGCUGCCAGUAUUUCGAAGCGCACGGCACUGGCACGCCAGCUGGUGACCCAGUCGAGGCACAAGCCGUGCAGUCCGUCUUUUUCCCUGUCGAAAAACAGGAAGACAUGGCUGACGCUAGCCAACCCAACUCUCUCCCUGUUGGCUCAGUCAAGACAAUCAUAGGUCAUACGGAGGGGACGGCUGGGCUGGCCGGCCUGAUCAAAGCGUCACUUGCCAUCCAGCAUGGUGUCAUCCCACCGAAUAUGCAUUUCCAGCACAUGAACCCUGCCGUUCGACCGUUCUGUGAACACCUUUACAUCCCACUCUCGCCACAGACGUGGCCACGUCUGCCAGAACAUGUACCCCGACGUGUCAGUGUCAACAGCUUUGGCUUUGGCGGCACCAACUGCCAUGUUAUUGUCGAAGGCUGGCAGACAGAGGACGAGAGAGAAAGUGUGGGCUUGCAGCCAUGCGGCCCCCUUACCAUCUCAGCACACUCAGCUACUUCACUGGUCUCGGCAGUCUCUUCGCUUGCUCAACUACUUCAGACCGGAAACGGAGUUAACGACGCAAAUCUGGCUGAUCUCAUCUGGACGCUGCAAACGCGGCGCACUGAGUUCCAGUUCAAGGCCAGCUUUGCAGCUUCCGCCACAAAAAAGAAACUAAGCCAGCAGCUGCACGACUGGCUCGCCGUAAACCGCGGUGACAACAAUUCCAGCCUCCAACUUGCCAGAAGUCGGCCCAUCCCGGCAGAGGCGCAAUACCCACCCAUCCUCGGCAUCUUCACGGGACAAGGCGCACAAUGGCCUCGCAUGGCGGCGACGCUGCUCGACAAAUCCCGGUGUUUCCGCCAAACCAUCCAGUCGCUCGAGCAGGCACUCGCCACCCUCCCUGACGCACCAUCGUGGUCUCUGCAGGAACAGCUCCGAGCGCCACCCGAAACGUCACGCAUCCACGAGGCUGCCGUAUCCCAGCCGCUCUGCACCGCCGUCCAGAUCGGCCUCGUCGAUCUGCUGUCCGCCGCCGGCAUCAGGCUGACCAAAGUGGUCGGUCACUCCUCCGGGGAAAUUGCCGCGGCCUAUGCGGCAGGCUAUCUGACCGCCCCGGACGCCAUCCGCAUUGCUUACUAUCGCGGCAUCAGCGUCCGGCGUGCGUCGGGCAAGGGCCGGAUGCUGGCGGCGGGCAUCACCCUGCGAGAUGCCGAGUUGCUUUGUGCCGAGCCGCGCUUUGUGAGGAGGCUGGCUGUUGCGGCGAGCAAUUCGCCCACUAGCGUGACCUUGUCGGGCGAUGCGGAUGCGAUGGAGGAAGCGCUGGACGUCCUGGUCCAGCGGGACGAUGUCUUUGCGAGGGCUCUCAAGGUUGACACGGCGUAUCACUCGCAUCAUAUGAGGGAGUGCGUGUCCCAGUACCGUGAGAGCUUGGAGAGGUGUGGCAUCAGGGUCUUGAAUCCGGGCGGUGCACAGGGAGAUAUCUCCUGUGUCUGGUAUUCUAGUGUGCAUCCGGGGUUUCCCGUUGAUCCUGCCUCCCUCAGCUGCAGCUACUGGAUCGAUAACAUGGCGAACCCGGUCCUGUUCUCGCAAGCUGUCGAAGCUGCGUUGCGGGAUAGUGAGCCGUGGUUGUCAUCCCAGACGGUGGUUGCGCUGGAAGUUGGGCCGCACCCUGCGUUGAAGCAGCCAGUUACGGACGUUGUAAAAGCCGCGGGACUUGAACUCGAGUAUUCUAGCGUCCUGCGGAGAGGCGCAGAUGACAUGGAAGCAGUGUGCGCGGCCCUAGGCUUCGUCUGGACGCAGUUUCUCGGAGGGUCGAGGCAAAUCGUCGACUUCGAUGGUUUCAGAACUGCCUGCGUUGGAAACGAGGACAAACAUAUGGAUCUGCCAACUUAUUCCUGGGACCACGAGAGGCCGCUGUGGAAUGAGUCUCGCGCUUCCACGCACUUCCGAACUCGCAACACUCCACCUCAUCCCCUCCUUGGGAAUCUCCUUCUAAACACUGAUCCGUCAGAGCUUCGCUGGCGCAACAUUAUGAAGUUGAGCGAGAUGGGGUGGCUUAAGGGCCACAAGUUCCAGGGUCAGGUUCUCUUCCCAGCUCAGGGAUACGUCAGCAUGGCAGUUGAAGGUUGUCUUGCCUUGAGCAGAAAGCACAAUUCUGUGCGGAUGCUUGAGCUCGAAGAUCUGGUGAUUCACCGCGGUCUCACUCUCCAAGACGACGACGAGUCGGCUGGUACCGACGUAUUUUCUACAUUGACCGUUGUGAUGCGGAGCACGCAGCAGAUCGUGAUCGAAUUCACUAUUUGCAGCGCCCCAGUGGACAGCAAGCCGGAUGUGCCCGUUGAUCCAGCUCAUCUGAACUUUAACUGUCGGGCCACUCUGGCACUGGAGAGUCUGGAGCGUGAAGAACCCGUCUCUGGUCCCGCCGCACACCUUCUACCACCGCGAGUGUCCCACGAUAGCACUACCCUUAGCCCAGUCGAUGUCGCCCAGUUUUAUUCUUCCAUCGCCUCUACUGGGUUGGAAUACUCCGGAGACUUCUUGGCCGCCUAUAUCGAGCGGGCCAACGGCUUCGCAACUGUUCAGUUUAACCGCCCUAAAGUGAAUGGGCUUCAUCUGCACCCGGCUCUACUUGAUGUAGCCUCGCAUGGCAUCCUUGCGGCGCUGGCUGCCCACCAAGAGGGGAUGCUCUUGACCACGUACCUCCCGACCUCGAUUGUACGCGUGCGUGUUGAUGUUGCCCGGCUUCUGCGGUUCACAGGCGCAGAAGGGAACGCACACACGCAAGGGACGGCUGGUGGUCAUCAGCAGUUCGAGCUGAGUGCGGACUGUCAUGUCUGUGUGAGAUCGCCGACUGAAAUCCGCUGCGACGUGGAUGUAUUUGGUGGACCAGAUGAAUAUCCCGAGAUUCAGAUUGAGGGUUUGACCUGCUCGCCUUUCGGGUCAUUCACCGAGCAGGAUGAGAGAGCCAUCUUCUCGCACUCUGUGUGGAAGAGGGAUAUCUCGUCUGGCAUUGAUUUGACAGCCACGGACCGAGAGUUUGACCUGACCAAGCACGUGGAAGAGACGGACUUGGUGACGCGAGCUGUCUACUUUUAUCUGCGCAAAUUGCGAGAUGAGUUCGACCCUGAGACCAUGCCCACCGCUGGAACUAGUGGUAGUGCGAGUACGCGCGGUGCUUCUAACCCAUCCUUGACCGCGUAUUGGGACUGGGCUGUCGAGCACGCUCUCCCUAGGAUUGAGGCCGGACAACACCCCCGAGUCCACAAGGAAUGGGCCAGCGACUGUCGCGAGUUUUUGAUACAAUGGGCGCAGCGCCUCCCUGACCUCAUUGACUUGAAAGUUGUCAUGGCCUUGGGCGAAGCGUUGCCGGAUCUCUUCAGGGGCCAAGUUCCAGCUCUGCAGCUCCUGAUGCAGGACAACAUGCUUACGGACUAUUAUCAGCGGGGCCUUGGAUUGAAGCAAUCGAACAAGCGCGGUGGUGCUGCCGCAGCGCAGAUCGUCCACCGCUACCCGGACAUGCGUAUCCUCGAGGUUGGUGGGGGCACGGGAAGUGCAACCCUUGCCAUUCUAUCACGGAUCGAGGACAAGUUUACUUCCUAUACCUUUACCGACAUUUCUUCUGGGUUCUUUGACGAUACGCGUCAAACCCUGGGAAGCUAUGCUGCAAGGGUGGUGUUCCAAACCCUGGACAUCUCUCGCGACCCUAGUGGCGAGCAGGGCUUCGAGGCCGGCACAUAUGACUUGGUAGUGGCAUCCAACGUGCUGCACGCAACGCCGACGCUGGAAGACACACUACGCAACUGCAGGCGGUUGCUUCGUCCGGGAGGAUAUCUGUUGCUGGUGGAGAACACAGCUAGCACUCUCUCCACAGAGUUCAUCUUCGGCACGUUGCCCGGCUGGUGGCUCGGCGCGGACGAAGGACGAGCGGAUUCUCCGCUUGUCAGCGAGGCACGCUGGCAUAGUUACCUACUUCACAGCGGUUUCUCCGGUGUUGACGCGGUCACUCGGGAUGUAGAUGAGGACUCUCGCUAUUACACCUAUUCUAUUAUGGUGAGCCAGGCAGUUGACGAUCGUGUCACUCUCCUUCGCGAACCGCUCUCCACACACAACACGCCUAAGAUGGGAAUCCCCAAGCUUGGCGCCGUGAAAGUCAUCGGCAGUACGGAACUAGCCGGGCUUAAGAUGGCCUAUGGUGUUGCCUCUCUUCUCUCUCCAUUCGCGGAGAGGGUAACUGUCGUGGACAAACUUGAACUUGUCCGUGGCUACUUUCCUCCCGACACCGCUGUCAUAUGCCUGGCAGAGCUGGUCGAGCCAGCUUUGCGGGACGUCACGCCGGAGCGAUUAUCCGCGAUACAAAACAUCCUUUGCAAAUCCACACACGUUCUUUGGCUCACUAGGGGGCGGAUCAGUGGCGAUGAACCCCACGCUGGCAUGGUUCUCGGUAUUGCUCGCUCCGCCAUGCUGGAGUUGCCGGGACGCCCGAUGCAAUUUGUCGACUGCAAUGAGCUGGAUAUGAACCAGUCGACCGCACGGUGGAUCGCAUCGACGUUCUUGCGAAUGGUCCGCCUCGGCCGUUCCGAGUUUGACGACGUUUUGUGGAGAAGGGAGACCGAAGUUCUGGUGGACGGCCGCGGCAACGAGCUGUUGCCGAGGAUCAUACCCCAUAAAGAACUCAACAACCGUUUGAACUCGAGAUCCCGGGCUAUUGUGGACAACGUCGACGUAUCUCAGAGAACCCCAUUGCAUCUUGUGUCAGUUGGGGAAGGCUCCUUCGAACUUCGUCAAGUUCCUGAGUUACGCCCGCCGUCACACUCACGAGAUUGUCGCAGGAAGACGCACGUGCGAGUGUGCGUUCGGUACUCUUCCCUCUGCGGAUUCAGACUAAGGCGUGCAGCCGCGGUAGUGUACCUGUGUCUCGGUACGGAACAAGAUUCGGGCCGGCAAGUCAUCGCCUUGACUCCAGUCAAUGCCUCGUAUAUCGAGGUUCCCGUUGCGGACACUUGGGGCGUCGGGACAGACGGCAAACCAGAUCCAGAGACUUUGAAGUACCUCCUCAGAUGGAUUGUGGCACAAAGUCUAGUCUACAAGUCACAUGGGCGCAACAUCUGGGUCCACGAACCGGAUACCGCCCUCGCCAGAGUCUUGACUGAGGCCGCAGAGCACUCCGCUAACGGGGCGCGGAUGUUUUACAGCAGCUCCGAGUAUCCCUCCAAGCUUCCAGGGGACUACACAUUCAUUCACCCCCAAUCUACAGCACGGAUGCUGGGGUUGCUAGCACCCCGGCAGGUCAGCGUCUAUGCCAACAUGCAUGGCGGUGGGAGUGAAUGCAUGGUGCUGGAUGGCUUGAUUCGUGCGUCCAUCGGCGACAAGGCCCGUGUUUCCAUGAUGCCGCGCCUGGUCAACAGCUCCGAUAAGGGGUUGCCGCAGUGGGAAGUAGAGCUGGCCUACAGCGAGACGGGCAUCCACCGUGUAAUCUCCACCCACUAUAACCAGGCGACAGGCCGGACUGGAACGGUCGCCGAGGAAACCAGGUCUCGGGUCCUACCAGUGCAGUCUCUCGCGUCUGUUACUGGCAAGACCCUUCCCGACGUGGCAGACGUCGUAGACUGGAGCUGUGUUGGGCAGACCAGCAUACCUGCCAUAGUCCGGCCCCUCGACGCCCGUUUCCUACUCUCACCGGACAGGACGUACUUCUUGGCUGGCUUGACGGGCUCCAUGGGCUUGUCGCUUUGCGGUUGGAUGGCUGACCACGGGGCGCGGUACUUUGCGCUAGCGAGUCGGAACCCGUCUGUGGACCUGGAGGUUACAGCAAGACUCGCUCAGAGAGGAGUGACACUCCGUGUUCACUCAGUAGACCUCGCCGACCGCGAGAGUCUCACAGCCGCCCGCCGCAGCCUGACAGCGCCGGAACAUGGAUCCGCCAUGCCUCCUGUGGGAGGUGUCGUGAACGGUGCCAUGAUUCUACGCGAUAGAGCUUUUGAGAACAUGUCAAUCGAUGAUUUCGAAGCUGCGCUUCGCCCAAAAGUGCAAGGGUCCCUCAACCUGGAAGCCGUCUUUGGCGCCCACGACAACCUCGACUUCUUCAUCUUCCUCUCGUCGGCCUCUAGCGUGCUAGGCGUUCCCGGCCUGACAAACUAUGGGGCUGCCAACCUCUUCAUGUGUGGUUUAGCCCAACAGCGAAGGCGUCGAGGUGCGCCCGCUUCCGUCAUCGACAUCGGCGCCCUCGCAGAUAUUGGGUAUCUUACCCGCUCGUCCAACCCCCACGAGGCUGGUGAGCUCGCUCGCAAGCACAACACGAAGCCGCUGUCAGAAUCUGACCUCCACACCAUGUUCGCCGAAGCAGUAUUUGCCGGUUCACGAAAUCUUGAGCAAGAGGCUGAUAUCAUGACCGGGAUCGGCUUCUGGGACCUUUCGAGUCCAGACCAGGCACGGAGGCCGGGCUGGUUCAACCAACCGAGGAUGUCGCAUUAUUUGGUCAGGAGUAGCAUUGACCCUGGCUCCGGGGGUUCGAAGCUAGGAGGGAUCGGUGUUGAUAACAAGCCCAGUAUCCGGCGCCAACUUUCUGACGCCGGGGCUGAUGGUCAUGCCGCCUUGCGCGUCUUGGAGUCCGGUCUGCUGCAAAAGCUGGAAAAAGCGCUGCAAAUACCUUCUGGGACUUUGGAUGCCCAGGUGCCGCUUCUGUCGCUCGGUGUAGAUUCGUUGGUAGCGAUUCAGCUGCGGUCGUGGAUGGCCGAGGAACUCGGCGUCAACAUGGCUGCGCUCGGGAUCCUGGCGAGUGCGUCAGUCAAGAAUUUGAGCGCGGAACUGUUUAGACAGCUGCCGGACACGGAGCCGGAGGGCGCUACAUCCUCGGAAACAGAGGGUGCGAACUGUGUCACGUCAACAUCCACUCCAACCCCCUCGGCGGUUGUAACAGAUCCCGAUUACUCGGAAUCAUCAGCUUCGCUGCACAUUCCAACGCCACCCGAACCAGUUGCUGCUGCUGUUGCCGGAGAUGAUGAGGUCAGCUUUGACCCGGAAGCCGCGGACAUUGGUGUUGCACCUCUAAAAGAGACAUCGGGGCAUACCAACGACGAGCCGCGCAACCAUGCUCUGGCUGAGCCAGAAGCAACACCUACAUAUAUCCGGGAGGGGAACCUCUCCCCUGGCCAGGGUCGGCUGCUCUUCUUGGACAGAUAUCUGGCCGACAAAUCGACGUAUAACUGUGCACUCGCCGGCAGGGUCUACGGAACCCUCGAUAUCAACAGACUGAAAGAUGCGCUGGGGAAGAUUGUACAAAUGCAUGAAUCCCUCCGCACCUGCUUUUUCUUCGAUCAGUCCUCGGGAAAAGGCCGCCAGAGAGUCAAAAAGAACGGCGGCUGCGUACUUGAACAUCGCAUUGGCCGACCUGGCAGACUUCCUCGGUUUCAGGCUGAGCUGGACCGGAUGCGCAAGCACGAGUUUAACCUGGCGGACGGCGACAUGGUCAAGGUCACGGUACUACCACAAACUAGGAACCGACAUAUCAUCAUCGUUGCCUACCACCACCUCGUCAUGGAUGGGCUUAGCCUUGUCGUGUUUCUUCGCCAGCUAGAGGCCGCAUACUCAGGCGCCCAGGACCUAGCACCCCCGUCGUUACAAGCCAUCGAUCUAGCCGAAGCAUCUCUCGAAGGGUAUGCCGACCCCGCGACGCUUCAAAAACACAUCGCGUUCUGGCAAGAGCUCCAUCGCGACGGACCGGCCCCCUUGCCCCUGUUUCCCUUCGCUAAGACCAAGCACCGCAAGCAACCCCUCGACGCCUACGGAUCCUACAGCUUUCAGGUCAAGCUAGGUGCGGACUUCGCCCAGCAGGUCAGGGCUAAGUGCGCCCAGCUGCGCGCGACGCCGUUCCACCUGUAUCUCACAGCCCUGGCGGCCUUUCUGUCUCGGUGGCUGGACAUUUCCGACCUUUGCAUCGGCAUCGUCGAUUCCAACCGCCCUCACGGCAACACCGACACGAUCGGGUGCUUUUUGAACAUGCUUGCGCUGCGCUUCCGGCUGGACGGGUACUCUGGGUUUGACCAGCUGGUAUCGCAAACACGCGAUAUGGUGUUUUCUGCCAUGGCACACUCUGCCACGCCGUUUGAUACGGUGAUCGACCACCUCCGCGUUCCCAGGGAGGCACACCAUCCGCUGUUUCAGGCCGCCAUAAACUACCGCAUGGGCCAUGGACCGACGCGUUCUAUGUGGGAUGAUGGAUGCGAGGUUGAGUGGACUGACAUGGUCGUGGCCCGUAACCCGUUUGACCUCCAAGUGGACAUUACCGAGAUCGGUCACGCAGACGGGGUCUGGAUCUCUUUGGGGGUGCAGAGCUACCUCUACUCGGAUGUCGAUGCUGGGAUGCUGGCCAAGUCGUUCACCAGCUUGGUCAAGGGCGCGAUCGACGACUGCGGCAGUGGGAUAUCUGCACCACCCACGAUUCGCAGCCUCAACCUCGUGGACGACGCAGACCGGCUGACGGCAAUCCGUCUCGGGUGCGCGCCCACUCUGCAUUCGGGUGAACUGCCGCGUAGCCUUGUUCAUUGUGUCGAUCAGGUGGCAUCCCAGCACGCAGACGAUGUCGCCAUCAAGCAUGGUUCGGGCGUACCGCUCACGUACGGGGCCAUGAUCCAAAUAGUCAACCAGAUGAGUCACUCACUGCAACACAGCGGUGUGCGUGCUGGGGACUUCGUCGCCGUCUACCUUGCCGCUUCGGCCGAGGCGUUGUGUGCCAUGCUUGCCAUUAUGCGUCUGGGGGCCAUCUACGUGCCUUUGGACCGACGCAAUCCCAUUGAGCGCCUAGGAUUAAUCGUCGCGGACUGCCAGCCCCGGGUAUUGGUAUACAAGGGCCAUGAGGACUUCGCUGCGGUCGGCCAGCUCGGAGAUCAGGCACGUGGCUCGGCGCUCCUUGAUCUUGGCCGCUUAACACAACCCCCGGGAUCAGGACAACAGCCUACAGAGGGAGUCGAUAUCUUGGCGACGGCGGACGGAUCCGCUUGCGCCAUCUAUACCAGUGGUUCGACAGGGCGGCCUAAAGGAGUGCUGCUAACGCAUUUUAGUCUCCUUAAUCAGCUGUGUGCCGUACGGAACAUGCUCAACAUCGGUCGGGAGGUCGUACUUCAGCAGUCAUCGUUGGGUUUUGACUGUUCGCUGGAGCAGAUAUUCGGUGGGCUUGCGAACGGAGGGACUGUGGUAAUAGCGCCGGAGGAGGCUCGCGGGGACCCUGCAGCGCUAGCCGCCAUCAUGGUAGCCGAGGGCGUCACAUGUACCGUCGGCGUGCCGUCUGAGUACGCCGCUCUCCUCACGUUCGCGGGAGAGACGCUGAAGAGGUGUUCUACUUGGCGUAUAGCCGUCAGCGGCGGGGAGAAGCUUACGGCAAACCAUGCCGCCGGUUUCGCUUCACUGGAUCUACCUCGGCUGCGGCUCGUCAACGCGUACGGUCCGACCGAGGGGACCGUAUCCUGCACUCGUGGCGCCAUCGAUUAUCGUGCGGUUGCGAGCUCGAUGGAGGACCCGCACAUGGGCCUGGUUAUGACUAAUUACUCCAUUGUCAUUGUUGGUGAGGACAUGGAACCGGUCCCUGGCGGAUGGCCAGGCGAAAUCUACAUCGGCGGACAGGGGGUCGCGCGCGGGUACGUCAACCGUUCUGUUGAGGAACAUGAACGUUUCGUCACGCCUGGGUUUGCGAAGAGGCUCCGCCUGAGAGAUCAACGGUUCUACCGCACCGGAGACUUGGGGCGCAUAAGUCAUGACGGCACGCUACAUUUCCUCGGCCGUAUCGAGGGAGACAGCCAAGUCCAGAUCCACGGAGUGCGGGUUGAGCUCGAUGAGGUGGCGGCUGCUAUUCUACGGACCGCCGGGUCAGACACAAUCAGCGACGCGGCUUUGUCAUUGCGGGACGGUAGCUUGCUGGUCGCCUUUGUGAUUCUCAGCCCUGGGCUGCGAACGGCGGAGCGAGCCUCCAUUGCCAGAUCACUCGCGCAAGUGGUCGACCGCUUGCCUCUGCCAAUGUACAUGCGGCCCGCGUUGAUGGUCCCAGUCGCGGAGCUACCAAUAACGGUGAAUGGCAAACGCGACCGUCGGCGCAUCGACGCUCUCCCUAUCCCAGAUGGCUGGACUUUCGGGGGUAGUGCGGAGGAAGAGGGACACCACCCCCUGACGGAUGUUGAACUACGGGUGAGAGAGGCCUGGAAACAAGUCCUUCCUCCCGCCGUUCGUCCUGGUACCCUCGGCCCGAAGUCGGACUUUUUCCGCGUAGGGGGCAGCUCACUGCUUCUCGUCCAUCUUCAAGCCGUUUUGCAGACAAGCUUCGGCGCCGAUAUUCCACUGCCCGAGCUUUUCCGGUCCAGCUCGCUCUCCGGCAUGGCGGCACUACUAGAGCAUACCCCGACGAUGCCGCCUUUUGGCAUUCUAGACAUGGACUGGCCCAGUGAGGUCGAAUCUCUUGCGAGUGGACUCGUCGCCCCUUCGACGCACCUCAAACGCAAUAACCCGAACGGCCCCCAGCCAGACGGCUUAACAGUCCUGCUCACUGGCGCCACUGGGUUCCUCGGAACGCAGCUCCUCUCCCACCUUAUCGCCGAGUCCCGCGUCGGCACCAUCCACUGCGUCGCCAUCCGCCGUGACCCGUCCGGGCGCCCGAGGCACGUCGCCCUCUCAUCCCCGAAAAUCGUCGAGCACUCCGGCGACCUGGGCGACCCCUACCUCGGCCUCUCCCAAGAAACCUUCAGCCAACUCGCAACAGAAUGCGACACCAUCAUCCACAACGGCGCCGACGUGAGCUUCCUCAAAACCUACGCCUCCCUGCGCGCCCCCAACGUCCUCUCCACCCGAACCCUCGCCGAGAUGGCCCUAACAACACCCACACCCACCCCCAUACCCCUGCACUUCAUCUCGACCGCCUCCGUCGCCCAUUUCUCCCCCCCCAACACAGCCACCACCUCAACCCCCCUCCCACCCAUCUCCCUCCAGCCCACCCCACCCCCUCCCCACGCCGCCCAAACCGACGGCUACACAGCCUCCAAAUGGGUAAGCGAAGCCCUCCUCGAGCGCCUAGCCGCGCUACACAACACCCUGCACGUGCACAUCCACCGGCCGGUAUCCCUCGCCCUGCACGGCGCGCCGGCGACGGAUAUCGUGGGUGCGCUGUUGCAGAUGGGCGGGGAGAUGGGCGCUGUGCCGAGGAUGGGGCAUGGGGAUGGGGAUGGGGAGGGGCGGGUGAAGGGGGUUUUGGAUCUGGCGGGGGUGGAGGAGGUGGCGGGGGAGAUUGUGAGGGGUGUGGUUGGUGAGUCUGAGGGGGGAGGAGGGGGUGGGAGGGUGGUGUUUCAGCAUUACGGUGAUGGGGAAAAGGUUGAGCCGGGGGAGUUUGCGGGGUUUUUGAGUGGGAGGGUUGGGAGGACGGUGGAGGAGUGGGAGAUGGAGAGGUGGUUGGAGGAGGCGAGGAAGAGGGGGCUUAAUCCGCUGGUUGGGACGUAUCUGGAGGACUGGUGGAGGGGGGGGAGGAAGCUGGUGUUGCCCGCGAUUAGCAAGACUUAGGGGGUCUUCUACAAAGUAUUCCAUCGACAUAAAUGAUAGAUGAGGUGUGGAGAGGCUCAGGGCUUCUUUGUAGACAUGACGAAGUUGGCUUGGUAUUAAUGGCCCUCCACCUAUACUGCCCCUGGUGUUAGGAGCUGCGUGACGUUAAUUUUGUUUGUUCCUAAUUCCUGAUAGUUCAAGAAAGAGCGUUGCUUGGUAACCGUUGGGUUCAGCAACAAAAGGAUAUGAGAGAACAGGAAAACGUGGGAAUUUCGCACCAAGCUGGGUGGUGAUCCCCUGAGAACCGCGUUUACCCUUAGGUUUAAUCUUGAUAACAAGCUGAAACCGGAUACC